AUGGGCGGCGGACCACCAAAAGACCUGCUACUCUGCGCUCUCCCAUGGCCCGAACCCAAAGCCAUCCUCGCCCAAAUCCAAAAACGCUUCCCCAAGCUUGCCAUCGCCUACGUCCAAACCACCACCACCCGCGACUUCGCCGCGCUCCGCAAGGAAGUCCCCGAAUCACUAUGGAGCAAAGCGACCGUCCUCUGCACGCUCUUCACCUUCCCGCAGAACCCCUCCGACGUCCCUGACCUCGAGCUCGUGCACCUCACCAGCGCCGGCAGCAAUCAGAUGCAGAACCAGCCGCUGUACACCGACACCGACGUGACGAUCACCACGAGCUCGGGGAUUCAUGGCCCGCAGAUUGCCGAGUGGGUGAUUAUGACGGGGCUGGUCUCGAGCCACAAGUACAAGCAGUUGUAUGAGUUGCAGAAGCAGCGCAAGUGGGGCAAGCAGGGGAGUGAACAGACGGAUUUCCAUAAAGUACGGGAUCAGGUCGGGCGGCGGUUGGGGGUUCUGGGGUAUGGGAGUAUUGGGCGGCAGGUGGGGAGGGUCGCGAAGGCGUUGGGCAUGGAGGUCGUGGCGUACACGGCGACGCCGAAGGAUACGGCGGAGAAGAAGAAGGAUCGCGGGUUCAUUGUGCCCGGGACGGGGGAUGUGGAUGGGGAGAUUCCGGUCGAGUGGUAUAGUGGGUUGGAUAAGGCGAGUCGGUUGAACUUUUUGAAGCAGGAUUUGGAUUGGUUGGUGGUCAGUGUGCCGUUGACGGAGCAGACGAGGCAUUUCCUCAGCACGGAGGAGUUUGAGGCGUUGUCGGAUGGUGGGAGGCGGCCGGCGUUCGUGACGAAUAUUGCGCGGGGCCCGAUUAUCGAUCAGGAUGCUCUGAUCAAGGCGCUGGAUGAUGGGACGCUUCUUGGGGCCGCGUUGGAUGUUACAGAUCCGGAGCCGUUGCCGGCGGAUAGUCCGCUGUGGGAGAAGGAGAAUGUGAUUGUGACGCCGCAUAUCAGUGGGGUUGGGGAGAGUUAUACCGAGAGGACGUUUAAGGUGUUGGAGGAGAAUCUUGUGAGGAGGGAGAAGGGGGAGAAGUUGAUUAAUGUGGUGAAUCGGAAGAGAGGGUAUUAG